AUGGCGGCGCCGCCUCCUGAGCCGGGCAACAAGGACGCAGGUGCGCAUAACGGCGACACACCAUCUCUGGAUCAUGCUGCGCACAUGUCCGAUGUGCAGGACGCAGCAAUGCCCGAGCUCGGCAGCGCCUCAGAGCUCGAUGGAUCGGACGCCCCUCAUGGCCCAGGUCGCUGGCGGCCACGUCAUGAUCGGAACCGCGGGCGUGGGCGCGAUGGGAUGCGGGAGAAGCGCAGCCGCUCGUUCAAGCCGCUGCGUGACCACCCCUACUACGACCACGACCGUGCGGGCCUCGACCAGUUGCGCGUGCAUCGACCUUAUGCCGACCCUGCCCCCUGCAUACCCGAGCACAUGUAUGGACAGCCUGAGGAUGUGAGACCUACAGUGAAGGCCGAGCCUAGCCGAUCUCCUGCUCUGCCAGCGUCGGCGCUGCAGCCUGAGGCUAACGUAACAGCGCCCCACGACUCAAUGCCGCCGGCGGCUGAGGCCGAGCCCUUCGUGCCUGCCAAGGCCACGAGCCCAAACGCGAUGCAGAUCGACCUACCGAACGAAGUCGUCGCCCCCCUCUCUGCACCCCAUACCGAGUUUCUCGCGGAUCUCGCUAUGCCGGACGAUACCCCGAAGCAGGCUUCGGCGCCUGAGACCAGUGAGGAUGCAUCGAGUAGCGCAUCCAACGGUGGCCCACCUUCGCGGACGCCUCCGCACACCGAGGCGCCACGGCGUGUCCCCCAUCCGCCUCCGGAGGUGCCGCUCGCCUCAUCGCCCACACCGAUGGUGCCCAAGACGCCUCAGCCGGUGGCGCUAUCGGUCGAGGUGCCUGCGCCACCCCCGGCGACCGCGCUGCCCACCCAGUCAGUGGAGCCCGCAUCUGCGAGCGUGGUAUCGAGCCACGAGUCACUUGAGAAGCCUGUCGAGACGCACGAUGUCGAUGAGCUGCGCAAGGCGACUCAGGUGCUGGCGCAGCAGAUGCUGCUCCGGUACCCGCUGACCGAGCAACAUGUGCAGCAGCUUAUGCGAGAGAACCGUGACAUUGUUCAGUCGCUGCGUGAGCCGGCGUCGCUCGCCGAGACCAAGGCGGCGGCUGCGCCUAUCCAGGCAGACCCCGACGCGGUGCACGACCACAUUCAUGCGCAAGUCCAGGCGAGAGAGCGCGCAUACCAGGCCAAGCUGCAGGCACUGCGAGCCGAGUACCGCGCCAAACACAAGGCCUGGACCGAGUACUGCCAUAAGCUCGACCAAAUGUAUGAGCAGCGUGCGCAACGAGGUGCGUCGGCCGCCGAAGAGGGGCCCAUGGCGGGCUCGUCCGUACUCGCGACGCCUGCGUCGCGCUCCUUCCGGCGUGGCGGUGUGGGAGGCGGCUUCGGCGAUGUGGUGCGCUCCGAGGCUGAGUUCCAAGAGAUUUUGGCCUCGCUCGAGAAUGCCGAGAUGCAGGACCCAGCUGUGCGUGCUGCCCGGACGUCUGCGACGGUGCCUGAUAUGGAUCUGCGCGAGCCGCGUGUGCUGGACAACGACAAUGGCUAUGUGGCCGACCCGGUGCACUUCUACUUCCACAGCUUCGACCCCGAUGUGUGGAGCGAGGAAGAAAAGGCCAUCUUUGCGCGGCGCUAUGUGCUAUACCCCAAGCAGUUUGGGCGGAUUGCCGAGAAGCUGCCUCACAAGACCGCCAAGCAGUGUGUGGCGUUCUACUACCUGCACAAGCACCUGGAAGGGUACAAGGCGCUUCUGCACGCGCGCCAUCGCGAGCGGCGGAAAAAGUCCAAGUCGCGCCCGAGCAAGUCGAAAGGCAGCGCGCUCAUGGCCGAUAUUGCUGCGACGGAUCCCGAGCUGGCGGACGACGACAAGCAUGCCACGCCGAAGCGGCGCCCUGAUGAGGCGCCGCCCAAGCCGAAACGAGCCAAAGCACCCCCCAAGCCGAAACGCGAGUCAGAAAGUGAGCGGCCAGCGGCCGAGACCGAGACGGCCUCGGAGCGAGACCUGGCAGCCGCCGAGGCGCUCGAGGCACUCGCAGGUCUCGCGGCGCCGGCACGCCCCGAGUCCAAGAAGCGCAAGGCACGCAGCAAGGACGGCGAGGAGCCCAAGAGCCGCUCGCGCGGCCCGCACUGGUCCAUGACAGAGCGUGCCGAGUUCUUGCGGCUACUGGCCACAUACGGCAAGGACUGGCACGCGCUCUCGGCAUCGUUCCCUGCCAAGACGCCCGCGCAGACACGCAACUUUUUCGCGCGGCAUGCCAGUGAGAGCGAGCACUUCCAAGAAGCAGCGGCUCUCGCGCAGAAACACGCGCAAAUGUCUUGGGACGACAAGGCGCAGGCAGCCUUGGCGUUCGUGCAGCAGUGGUACGAGUCUCUGCCCGACGGAGCAGUGAAAGCCAGCAUCACGGGGUGGCCGGCACCAGGCCACCCGCCGCCGCCGCCGCCCAAGGAGCCAGGGUCGCCCGUCCAGGAGCCCGUGCCUGCAGACGACGACGAAACGGACGAGGAGGACCGCUCAGCGGGCCCGCCGAGUGCGACGCCCGUGCCACCUACACCGAGCACUAGCACGCCCGUGGCUCCAGCGCCGCCGCCGCGGUCCACGCCCACCGAGCCGAGCUGGACCCCGAUGCGCUCGCCUGUGCCGCCCAUGAUGUACGGCAACCCACCGUAUGGGACUAUGCCGCAGGGCUCCGUGCCGAUAUACUAUCGCGAGCCGUCGACCUAUACGCCGCCGGUGCCGCCCAGGGGACUGUACAACUAUCCCGUGCCCAAGUAUGGCCUCCCAGCCGAUCCUCACGCACGCUAUGCGCCGGAAGUCCCGUACGCUACUACCUCGCCGUUGGCGCGCAUGCCCAUGCGCCCGGCCCCCAACAUGGGCUACUUCCACGCACGGCCCGAGCGGUGGCCCGGGAGCGACGGCCGAUACCCCCCGUCGUAG